AACCCACGUCUAUUGAAACCAACAACAAAACAGUUGUUAUGAUAUGCGACCAAGAAUUUUGUUUUAAGGUUGGAGCGGAAAUAAUUCUCCUAAGCCACGAUCUCACGAGAAAAUCAUGUUUUUAUUAGAAUUCCUUCACCAGUCGUUUUCAAGGUAAUUUGGAUUUAAAUGGAAUUAUUGGUUCCCUAUAAAUAGAAGCCGAACUUUAUUAGCUUCAUCAGUCGAAAAAUUCACCUUUGAACGGAAAUGAAACGCUUGCUGACUAAUCAGUUGCUAUUCUUCUUCCUGGCUGCUGUUGCCGGCCAAGAUGGCUCAACUCCCGAAGAGGUUUGUCCCUGUCAAGCCGAGGAUUCGUGCCAAAACGAUCGUCACAUUUUCGGUCGUGACGAACUAGACAUACAAAAAUUCGGACUUAUCCCGCCCUGUCGCAAUUCUGGCGAAAUUCCAUGUUGUCCACGUGAUCCGCCGCCGCCCAAAGAAACUAAAUUGACGCAAAAAGAUCUUGAAGGCUUCUCGCCGGCCGAGCUCGCCCAAUUAGGUAUCAUGCCCGAAGGUACCAUUGGAUCCUCUUCGCUACCAUUAGCUGAACAGCCGGAGCAGUCCAAGGUAAUCCAAGACAUUCAGCAACCGAUCGAUAUAACGCAACCAGGCGCAGCAUCGAUAGCUCCGCACGGCGCAACGGGUUUCGCCAGCAGCAACGCUCCAAAAGGACAUCCUCCUCAUCAACAGAAAUUACCAUAUCCUGUUCAGCAGCCGAAUCCGCCUCCAUCUAUGAUGCAGCAUCGACCUCCGCCUCCUAUGAUGCAGUAUCGACCUCCGCCACCACCCCCACCCGUCUAUCAAAAACCCGUUUACCCCACCUAUUACACUCCUCCACCUCAAAUGUAUCGUCGUCCCGUCUACAAUUACCCCCCGCCCCCGAUGCGGCCGAUGUACAGACCUGCUUAUCAAAGGCAUUAGUCCCGAAUUACUACCUGCAUGAAAAUAUUAAAUCUCGGUCGACUUUAUACCAAUGAGUUGUGAAUACAAUUUAUCAGAUCGUU